CUCAUUGGAGCGGUGUCGGCCUGUCUCGUUUGUCAUCAGAUCUCACAGAGAGAUCUCACAUCGACGAGGAUGAUUUCUUCAACACCGCGGCAGAAUAGACGCGCCCAGACACCCGAUCAUGAAAGGUCGGUAUAUUCGACGUUAUUCCCGACAACACCGACGUCAUCGCGAACAAAUCGCGGGCCCAUCGACAAUUCCAUUAGCGAAUACACCGUGAAUCUGGCCGCUUUGGAGAGCACUGCCCAAACGCUUAACACUUCGAUCAAGGAUAAGCAGGCCCCGGCAUCCCGAGAGGCCCACAGAGAAUUCUGCGACGCCCAGUACGCGAUGGGCAGGAACGAGUCUUUCCUGAUCGACCCCAUACCCCUCAUCGAGCGCUACUCCAAGCUUAGCGCAGAAGUUGAGGAUAAGCUCCAAGGCAGAGCUCCGGAGAUACGAGACCUGAACAAAUUUUUCCACAAAGAGAAAUACACCUGGACUUUGGCUUGGGCUCUGUUGAACGCGGCACAGGGUGGAGAUACCGAUAUAGAUGUAGAUUACCACAUGCGGCUUCCUGCGUCUGACGCAGAAGAAAUCGAGGAUCUUUUCGAUUCUUCAUGUGCGUUCAGGAUGGCUCAGACUCUCGUGGAUUGGCUCGAGAAAAGAUACGAAGAGGAGAAAUGUUCCUCCAAUACGGCCUCCCUGCACGCGUUCAAGGAGAGCGGCGGAAUGUACGAGGCAACGAGACAGGGUCUGGCAAAAGGCAAAGGAUCACCUGGCUCGAUCACGGAGCUCGAUCCGGAUGCUCCUCUACGACAAAAUCGGGCCUUCCAUGACCAGGACGUAGAAGACGAGCAAAGGCUCUUCAGAUGUGUAUUUGAACUCGUCCGGGCUGGAAACUUCCCCAAAGCUCAGAAACUAGCCAUGGGACAAGGCUAUUUCAUGCUGGCCGCGGGAAUGCAAGGCUGGAUGGCCUUCCGAGGGAAUAUAAGAGACGAUAGCGGCGCUCUUUUACCUGAUGAGGGCAAUCCAUACCGAGACGUGUGGAAAAUCGUCGUUUGGAAGAAGUUGAACGACGAGCGCGUCAGUGUGCCUGAGAGAGCCAUCUACGCGGCCCUCUGCGGGAACCUCGAAAUGUUGCUCCCGAUGUGCCCUACUUGGGAAGAUCAACUUUGGGCUCACUUGAAAACACUGGUAGACGUUGCCAUCGAGCUUCAUCUCCGGAAUGCUCGCGGAGCUGAUCUGGGACCGCUCCCAGAUGACUAUCCUAAGGAGAACGAGACACUCCAGCAGAUUCUCAGUGGUCUUGAAGCCCGGGUCGAGCUCGAAGGGCAGGAUUUCUUCCGUCAAAUCCACAAGUUCCUGAUGCUUCAAGAUGUCGACGGUCUCAUAGAUUUUAUGUAUAAUUUUUGCGUUGAGAUCUCUGAUGUCGAAAAUCACGGGAGUCUACCGGGUCAUCACUUGAGACUCAUGGCGAACUUGGCCCUGUUCCUCAAGUACAGCAGGAACCUACAACAAAGCGUCGAGAAGAUCGAUUUGAUUGUGGCAUUCUAUGUACAGAGAUUGAUCGAUGAAGAGAUUUUUGAUAUAGUCCCCAAAUAUGUUUUGCACCUCCCCGAUGUUCUUCGGGAAACGUGCUAUCUGAGGUUAUUGACUGUUCUGCAAGAUUUGACCGAGAAAGAGCGCUUGGACAUAAUCCUGGCGGCUCAAAGGCAGGAUAUAGCCAUUUUCAAAUACAUCAUGAAAUUCGUAUACGAUGCCAUACACUGCGGGAAUGACAAUGCCGAAGCACGUGACGAAGUGACUGGGGAAGAUCUCGAGAAGAAUGAUGCAUUAAAGUGGCUCUUCGCGCAGCCGGGCCACUCCCUGUUGGGCAUGAAAUACGUGAACUCGGCUCUCAGAAACGCGAUCAUGAAGCAGAGACCGUCCGUGGCACGGAGCAUAAUCGCCCUGGUGCCACAGGAUAGCGUACGAGAACUAGCCGCCAUGGCCGUCCAGACCGAGAGGGAUUCGAUGACCUCCGCGAGGGAUGAUUCGGUGAUGUCCGUCGGGGGGAUGAUUCAGCCGGAUUCUGACGGAGACGAAAACAUGGGUUAUCCGACACGUACGCCUGUCGACGACGUCGAGGCCAAAACUGGCGAGUACAAGAAGUGUCUGAAAGAGUACUUGUGUGCUCAGGAAUAUCUGGAGGCCUUGCAGUCAUUCAAUGAGUGGUUCCAACACUAUCACAGAGAGAGACCGGUGGAGAGCGUCGCUGCGAACACGGACGCUUCAUCGGCGCGAGGCGCGCUCUCCAAUGAAUUCGCGAAACGAGCUCUGGCUUCUAAGAUGGAGACUUGGAAAGCUACUUUGGGAGGCUUGUGCGACAGAGCCUCACGCCAUCUCAAGUGUAUACUCAAUUAUCCCGACGGGGGCUGGAUGUGCGAUCCUAGCGACGAAAUCGUUGACGAUGACAUCGAGAUGGAUGCUAGCCUCGAGUUUGAGUCCCGUCGUCGGAAGGAACUUCAGGCGCUCCGUCGUAUCUGCAUCCCGCAGGUAACCUCGCUCUUGCAAACUGUGCUGCACGGCACAGGACGCUACGCCGAGUCGAUGGCGAUCGCGAAUCUCAUCGCACAUGAAGACAGCUGUUUGUACAAUGAGUUCUCGAAGGAUGACCUUGCCCAGUUCCUCGUGAAAGUUCAAGAAAGCGCAGUGGAGCUGCUUAAAGUCCCCGGUAACAUGGAUCCUUAUGGAAUGGGUGAAAUCUGAGUCUGUCGCUCCGGGACCAUCAAUUUCCAGACUCAUGUACAAAGAGAUUGUUCGCCGCGUUUGGAUGACCUUGUCGUUUAUAAUCACUUACAAGUGUUUCUCAGCGAAAACUUUCUUAUCACAAAUAAUACAGCUCAGAUCGAAUGUA